AUGGCUGCCAACAGCGGGGGAGAACCCUCAUCGGGGCACGAGGAAGCAGAGAGAAACAGCUACGUAGACAAUGGCGAUAUUGCCAGUCCUCACGAAGGCGACCGCAGCAGCAUCAGCAGAUACCAGGCAGAAGAUGCAGAACUUCUGCAGGGCGACGCACGACGCGGAUUCAGCAGCUGUGCCAGCGACCCCCAGCUGUGGCGUUCCGUCAACAGGCAGAAGCAGCAGCAGGAAGGCGAUGGCAAGCAACAACUGCAUCAGCAGCAGUCUGAUUUCGAGGCAAAGUCACGUAUUCGACGGCGAAGCAGCAGCUGCCUUUCCGCCCGACAGGAGGCAGCUACAGCAAGUGUUGUAUUGAGGGAGGCUUGUUCGGGUGAUGCUCCUCUAGUGCGAGACUUAAUGAAGUCUCACCUGCGUUCUUUGAUUCUUCCUGCUGUGUUUUAUUGGCUUUGUAGGCAUGCGCAGGAUUUUGGAAGUUUCUUGAUUAUUUGCUGCUGUUUUGUGCCUCUUGACCGAAUGCUCCUCAGUCUCUGUUGCUUUCUUUUGUUGCUUCUCGUUCGUGUCGUGCUCGAACUGGAGCAGUAUGCCUCAAGGGGCUGCCCAGACCUCGCAGAAUUCGACCGCCAUUAUCUGCAGGCGGAGCUAAACAGAUUCUGGGUGGCAGAGGAACUGCAUCCUGCUGGUUCACAGGCUAGUGGAGAGUAUGAAAUGAAUAGCGAGCAGAUGCGUUGCUUUCUUGUCCUCUACCAAAGUUGCACCAGGAGGAAACAGCCGACCGGUAAUCAAGUUGUCGGCUGCAUCGGCUUUAUCAUUCACCCCUCCAAUCCUCAAGAGGGGCAGCUGGUCCGGCUUGUGGUGUCUCCCGGGUCGCGUGGUGCUGGUGUUGGCUCACGACUGUUAUCCUGCGCUUUGGGUUUUGCCGCGAGCUGUCGAUGCAGUUCUAUUGAAGUUUUUGCAAACUCGCUCAAUGCCAGCAGUGCAAGCUUUUUCAGAAAUAGACAGUUUGAGCUUGUUCAAGUCGUUAGAAGGAAGCUCAUGAGAGGUGAUCUGCUGAGGUGGAGGAUGGCCCUCGACGUUCAAGGCCGGCCAGUAGAGCCAAAGACAGACCCAGCUUCCACUGUCAGUGGUCUACAUUCUGAAUAG